UUGAUAUAAUUUCCUCUCCUCCGACUCGCAUGACGUCAUCUCACACAGCGUCUGUCUUUCCACAGAGAAGGAGGAGAGGCCGCGCAUGCGCAGAAGCCUUCGGGUGAGGAGAGAAAAACGUCAUCACGGACCGGUGCAGCAGCAGCAGCAGCAGCAGCACUGAACGUGAAGCAACACCACCGCCUUUUUCCAGCCAGCAUCUUCCACCGACUCAGGCUUGUCCUCCGGUGUCCAGAGUUUCCUCCUCUUCCUCCUCUUCCUCAAAAUGUCCGUUGGCAGUGACUUUGGAAACCCUCUAAGAAAAUUCAAACUCGUCUUUCUGGGGGAGCAGAGCGUUGGAAAGACGUCCCUGAUCACACGGUUCAUGUAUGACAGCUUUGACAACACGUAUCAGGCCACAAUUGGAAUUGACUUCUUGUCGAAAACCAUGUACUUGGAGGAUCGAACGGUGAGGUUGCAGCUCUGGGACACAGCGGGUCAGGAGCGCUUCAGGAGCCUCAUCCCCAGUUACAUACGGGACUCCACUGUGGCUGUGGUGGUCUACGACAUUACAAAUGUGAAUUCAUUCCAGCAGACGUCAAAGUGGAUCGAGGACGUGAGAACAGAGAGGGGAAGUGAUGUCAUCAUCAUGCUCGUCGGCAAUAAAACAGACCUGGCAGAUAAGAGGCAAAUCACAAUUGAGGAAGGCGAACAGAGGGCCAAAGAGCUGAGCGUCAUGUUCAUAGAGACCAGCGCCAAGACGGGAUACAACGUCAAACAGCUGUUUCGGCGUGUUGCGGCUGCUCUUCCCGGAAUGGAAAGUAUGCAAGAAACAAGCAAAGAAGGGAUGAUCGACAUCAAGUUGGACAAACCGCAGGAGCCCCAGACUACUGAAGGCGGCUGUUCCUGUUAAUCCUCAGCACCGUCCUGGAAACAAAAAACAAAACAUCAUUCACGCCACAUGCUUGUUAUGUUGCUUCCUAUUGGUUAACCUGCAGUUGACUUUGCACGUUGAGAAUCUGGCCUCCUCACCUGACUAUUGGUCAUCGGUUGGAAAUAGCAAUAUGUGAAUUUGGUUCUAAAAGUAGUGUAGCCUACUUUGUUAAUGAAACUGCCAAAAAAUGUCUUACAACUUGCAAAAAACAAACAAAAAGAGAGAAAGAGAAAAAGGCAUAGAUGUGAAAAAGAACCCCAAGUUACAUAUGUGGAUACGAUUUUUUUAAGUAGAAAAAAAAGUUUCCCCAGUUUCUUUUUUGUAUUUUUGUAUAUUCAGGGAAAUCUCACUGGAAAGGUUGUUUUUCUUAAAAAGAUGCAAACAACUUAGCUCUGUAUUUGAGGGCUGGAUAAGAACAGAUGGUUUUAGACGUAGUUUUAUGGAUCCCACUCAUUUAUACCUACACUUAACCAUCUUGAGGGUUAUUACCUAGACAGAACCUGUUUUAAUCUUAAGGGUUCUAUUUGAUGUCCAGAACAUUAAUAUAGUAAUAGACAACUAUUAUCUAUGUAAAGAUAUAGUGGAUUAAUGUCAACCUGAGCAGAGAAUUGAGUCAAAUCUGUGCUUCUCUUUGCUUAGUUUACAUAGCCGGGGGUGCCACUUGUGCUUUUAGUGCAUGUGAGUCCCAGUGAGCAUGAACCACUGGCUAGUUCAUGGCUAGCAGCCCCAGUUCUGCACUGCUCUCAUACGGCGAUUACAACUGAUAACGCCGUCCAGAUCGACAGCGUCAUUGCAGAAUAGUAGCAGCCAACCAACAGCCCCCCACCCCCAGGUUAACACUGUCAGUACUGUUGCAGUUGUUUGCACUGUUCAUGCUGUUAGCACCGUUAGCUGCGAUCCGCCGGCUCAACCGUCGCCAUGUUGAGAGCCCUGUGGAGGCAAUAGAAAUGCUCUGAAUUCAACAUAGAGAGGCAAACUGCACUCCUUUGCAGUGUCACUCAUGGGACCUCAUUCUGGAAAAUAUAUGUAGGGUGGUCAAUGGCGAAAAACGAAUCAUUUUUUGAGCCCGUUUGUACGUCACUAACACCAACACGGCCGUUACUUUGGCUUGCUAGCUAGCUAGCUAACUUGGCUAUAUCCACGCACUGAAAAAAAAUGUAUUUGUCUCUCUGUGACAGCCGUACGUAUUUUUUCCUAAUUAAGGUCCCAUGGUGGUCCACCGCCGGAAGGGGCGGGACUUCACCUCUAUAGAAAACCUUUUAGCCUAAAAAAGCCUCAGGUUUGGAGAGCCAAUCACAGCUCUCCUGCCAGUAACCUCUGUGGGAUCCAUAACUUUGCGUCUGGCAGUUUAACAGGAUCUGAACAGCAACAUCUUGAGUAUCUAAUGCAUGCCUAGUUUUUGAGCAUAGGUACUGUCUACCAGUGUACACAAGUUUGAAUUCGUAAACGGUAACAAUACACCAGUGACUUACUGCACUCUGAUAAUGACUGUCUUUUUGUUUAUGAAAACUGUCAAACUUGAUUUGUAUACUUGACUUCUGAAUAUCUCUUUGUCGUGUGCAGGUGUGCGUGUAAAUGUGUGCUUUCUGUAUAGGCAACGUUAGAAUGCAAUCGCAUAGAGGGCCACUGCCAAUUUGUUACAUUCUCGCCACAUCACGGCACCACAAAGGUCACCAUUUGUUUACGGUAUGUCAUAGAUCCCCCCCCCCCCCCUCUCCCCCACUCACAACAAUAUGACACCUGCCGUUGCAUUGUGUGAUAUCUUGGUGGUUGUGAUUACGGUAGUCUGUCUAUACGCUGUACGUAAGCAGAGGAACAUGAACACAAAGUCCCCUGGAUGCUGGUCUGUAGACUUCUGUGCUGGUUCUGUGAUCAACACAACUGCUAACAUAUUAAAACAGUUCCAGUCCUGACAGAAGACUAAUUUGCACUUGUAGACCUUUCAGGUUAAUAUGAAGUUAUGAAAAGCUUCAUUGUCAAUGUACAGUCACUUAGUUCAAGACCUGUCUGGUUGUCUCGUGACGUGUCCCCCACUGAGAUGAGGUUUUCUUUGCUGCUUGUGUUGAAACUGACUACUGACGUUGGCAUUAUGCAAUGUUGGGUUUUUUUGGUUUUUUUAGAGCCAGGUAUCAUAACAUACACUGGUGAGGUCAGCCAGUGUUGUGAACACUACUUUGAUUUUGACUUAUCUCUGGAGUGAAAUCUUAAUGCACUUUUUGAAGAACAUGUUUUAGAAUUAGAGUGACAAUGUAAGUCUUAGAAAACACUUGGAGUACUGUGUCUUAGAGUAGACUUGAACGUUUAUGGAUUGUUCACACGUGUCCAAAAAGGGGAGCACUCUUGUGAAACUGGUGAGCCUUUCUAACCCACAUAAUGAGCCAAAUAAUAAUAAUAAUACUAAGAGACAGAGUUGGAUCGAACCUCAAAGGGAGAUUUAUUGACUGGAAAGCACUCUCUUGUGGGUUUGGGAUGGAUAAAGACAGGUUUCAUUUCAAGUUAUAAUCCCUCCAACUGAAAGAAUAAGUAAUAAAGUAUCGACCCCCUGUGGUGCUGCCUAUUUAUUAACUCCAAACAGGAAUGUACUGCUCUCAUUACCGACCACACAGCCUUGUAACAAGAGCACUUUUUGAGAAAUGACUCGAUAGGUAUUUAUUUUUAAAUGAGGACAAAUGAUUAAUCCGUUGCUGUAGACGUUCCUUUGUAUUUAUUGCCCUUACAUAUUAAAGUAGAGUCCCAUUUAGAGGCCCAUUUUAGCAUUCCCUGGAAAUGGACCAACAAAUGUCUUUGUGUGUUGGGGGGUUCGGGGGUGAGCACUUGAGGAUGGAGGCUAUGGGGGGGUGUAUGUUCUGUUACAGCUCUGUGCAGCGGACCUGAUCAGUCCAGAGCUGGCUCUCCAUUCACACUGUACAGAGAUCUAGCAUGUCUCUCCAAAUGAUUAAUAAAGAUGUCUUAUUACCA